GGGUCCUGAGUGGGGUGGGCUCUUCUUUGGGCAUGGGCGUUUGUGUGCCAGCGGCACCAUCUGCUCACCGGCGGGGCCUUCAGGGUACAGGGAGGGAGCCCCCAGCCCCACCCUCAGCCCCCUCCAGACUCAGUGGGGUCCCAGGGGCUGGCGGGGGCCUCCCCUCGCUCUGUACCCGCUGGCUGGCUCUGAGGCCAGGUCUGUGCCCUUCCCACGCUGCACCCGCCCAGGGGAGCAGAGCCCCAUCCCUGAACUUUGCCAGGUCCCCAGUCUCCACCCCGGGCUUCAGGACCCCAAAUCCAAGGGGCCUUGAUCUCUGACCCUCUAAGUGAGGGGCCUGACCGGCACCCCCAGGGCCAGAGGCACAGGGCCCCCCACUGGUUCUGGGAAUUCUGGAGCUUUCUGGGGAGAUGCUUAGCCCCAGCCAGCGCCCUGCUUGGGGAGGCCUUAAACAGCCUACAACCCUCCCGUGGGAUCGGAGGGCUCCUAGGAGGGGGAUGGGGCAGUCAGCGUGGGGAGGUGUCCAGCCUCUGGGAGGGCAGCUGGGAUCCUGUGGGGCCGGUUCAGAGACUUGGCCCAGUGUCCAGGUGUGUCCAGGGGUUGGGCCUCUGCCAGCCAGGGUCCCGGAGACCGUAGCCCCGAGGGACAGAAGAAGCCCAGGAGCCCAUCCCUGCUGAGCCCCAGGCCCCUCCAGCAGGCCUUUGCCCAAGGGCAGGAGGCCAGUCGCGGUGAUGAGGAAGCAGGUGUGUGGCACCAGGGACCAUAAACCCAGUUUCAGUUUUGGUAUCAACAGGGUACAAAGCUGGGGCUGGGGAGGAGCCAUCCAGGGGGGCUUCCUGGAGGAGGAGGUGGAGACUCCCUGGCUUCAGAACCUGUUGCUCUGUCACUCCCUGGUGUGACCCUUCUCUGGGCCUCGGUUUCCUCUGCUAUAUGUUGGGGAGAAGAAUGGUUCCCCUCGUCACAGGCUCUUAUGAGAGGCAAAAAAGCUGCCGGUGUGAGAUGCCCAAUUACGAGGACCCCCACCAGGAGCUGGGAGGCUCUGAGCGCUAUUGCUACUCAUUUGCACAGAGUCCACGAAGCCUCCAAGAGGGCGUUUCUCCCCGAGGGUUUCUCUGCGCCAGGCACCCACUCAGGCCUCCUUGAUCCUCCCUACACCCGGCGGUGGGGUCAGCAACGUUCCACUUUACAGGCAGGGAGACUGAGGCUUUUUGAGAGGGAAUGCCUGCCCCAAGGUCACUUCGAGAUCGGUGGUGGAUCCAGGGUAUAAAUAAUAACAUCAGCCACUGCCGUGAAAGCAUUUAUCGAGCGCCUACUGUAUACCAGGGACAGGGCGCCGAGUCUUCACGGCAGCCCUUCGUGGUGGCAGCUGCGUGCUCUGGACUCUGCCUACUGUCCAGGUGUGGACACUGAGGUCGGAAGGGAGACUUGCCCAAGGACGCAGGCGAGGGGGACCCCACCCCACUGACCUCAGUGAAUCACCCAGAAGGAAUGGGCUGAGGAAGGAGCAGUCCCCCACACUGCCCCACCCACAGGCAGACUUGACACCCUCUGGGCGUGCGGUUCUUUUUCCCGGAACGCGGCUUAUAAAUCCUGCUGGGUGAGCCUCUGGCCCCGCACUAGGCAAAUGGUUCUGAGUCAGUCCUGCCACACCUGCCCCCCGAGGGGAGCUGCAGGGCGCGGGCACCCGACCUGCCGUCCAGGGGGGGCUGGGGCUGGAGGGUUGUUUUGGAGGGGCAUCCGGGUCUGGGCUAGAAUGAGCCCAAACCCUGGGCCCUGAGCACCCAGAGUGAGAGUCAGCCACUGUGUACCUGCUGUGUACCAGACUCCGGGCUGAGGGAGGGGGUGCUCACCUGGCCCACUGGGAGGGCGAGAGGGUCCUGGCUGAUGGCUUCAGGUGGGAGGUGACAGGCCUCAAAUAGAACCCUCUCCCUUCAAAGAGAUGUGCACCCCCAGCCACGUUCAUCAUUGGGACAGAGGCUCUGCCCGCUUGGCUGGAAUUUAUUACCCAAGCCUGCUUGUUUUUUAAUAUUGUUUUCUUAAUUAUAGUCUCAAUAUUUGAAAGAUUGCGUGAUGCUGCGUUAGGUGUAACAUGGUUCCCCAUGAUCGACUUCAUGUUCAGGGAGGGUCUGCAUUUUUCUUUUUAAAACCAUGUUUAGCUUUCACAAGCAAGUUGGUGUAAAAAUGCAGCGAUGGACCCAAUAGCUCUGGUGGCACCGGGGGGCCAAGGCCGGGGGACCAUGGUCGCUUGAGGAGUUGAGUUCCUCUCCUCAGCUGUAAAACGGUGGCUCCACACUGUGCCGGGCUGGGUACACACAGGAUGAUCAGGCCACAGGUUCUGAGGGUGGGGACAAUCUGGCGGCGGGGGUGGGGGGGCUCCCUGGAGGAGGUGUCCUGUAGGCUGUAGCUAAGAAGGCUGUGGAGGAACAGAAAUAAGGGUCGUUCUGGCACAGGCAGGAGGAAGAGGGUCGACCUUGGGGUCUGGUGCCUGCAGAGUUUGGGGGUUUGGCCUGAGGCCGGAUGGCGGUCUUGAGAGCCCUGGGUAGGGUGUGAGGAUGCCAGGAGUCACAGAGGUGUGAGAGCAAGUGCCAGGCCUUCACGACGGCUCCUGGAGCUGUGCUCAGAGGGAGCCGGGACUCUUGGGAGGGGGGCUGGGCCCCCUGGAGCACUGGGUCAGGGUGUCGCCCGGCCCAGCGGGACAAGGUCCAAGGCGCUCCUUAGCCCAGCCUGGCUUUAUGGUGCUGAGGAAAAGGAUUGUCUGGGAUGGGACAAGGUGUCCUGCUGGACAGGUGCAGGAGAGAGAACCAGGGUGUGGGAGUCUGCUCGUCACCACCCCUCUCUGGGUCUCAGUUUCCCCACUUGACAUCCCCAAGAGAGGGGCAGGCCCACUGGGCUCAUCUGUAAAGGUCAGAUGGAAAAAAUCACAGAAGGAACCUCAGGGUGUGUGUGCCCUGGGAGAGAGGCUGUCUAGGGGUGGCCCUGGGUCUGGAAGCGGUGAACUGGGUGGAAGGCUUACCCUGCAGGGUGUGCAGUGUCUGGCAGAGGAGGUGGGAGGGGUACCUGCAAAUGUUAGACACACAGGGGCCGAGUCGUUGGGUCAGUACAGGGGCACCUAGGGAUUCAGGUGUGGCUGGAUCCAGGAGCUCAAACAAAGUUUUUAGGAUGCUGUGUUGGGAUUGGGGGUGCUCUUAAGCAAGAUGCGUCCACAAGAGGACACAUAUGGCCCCCCAACAGCUCUCGGCCUCAUCCAACCAGCCUAAUAAGCCCAGUGGGAAGAGGGUCCAAUUUUCCACGUUAAUUGCAAAGUCCCAGGAUUUCACGUCAUUGGCCAGGUUGCGUCACAUGUCCAUCCCUGAAGCAAUCGCAGAGGCCAAAGGGUGGAAUGUUCUGAUUGGCAGGGCUGGGUCACCUACCCUUCCCUGGGCCAGUCACAGAGGCCACUUGGCCAGGACUUUGCCCUUGAAGGGAGUGGGAUUGCACCUCCCCCCAGGUGCUCUGACCUGGUGACUGACAUGUCUUUCUCUUCCCUCAGUGAGCCCAGAUCUUCUCCACCCUGGGAUCCUCUGGUGGGCAGAGACCCCAAGAACAUGGACCGAGUGACCAGAUACCCCAUCUUCAGCAUCCCGCACUCACCCCGUGUGGCCGGCAUGGCCUUCAAAGGCGACACCAGCUACUCGUUUGAGCUGGUGGACGUGAGGUCCAUGGCCAGAGGCUGGGGCCAGGAUGAGCCAGUGGCAUGGCCUGCUGACCACGAGGCCUCUCUGGAAAUGGUGCAGACGGGGACACCCCUCAGCCUGCGUGACUUCCCCGGCCGGCUGGCCCCACAGCUGCCCUGCCCGGAGGACAAUGAGACGGAGGUGAAGGCCUACCACCUGGAGGCUGGGGACACCCCGCCCUGGCGGCCACGUGACCUGGAGUGGGAACGCCGGGCGGUCAUUCAGGACCAGGCGGUCAGGAAGAGCGGCACGGUGGCCAUGCUCCGUGGCACCCCUGACCACGGGGAGCCCAGGAGCCCCGGCCGCCCGCAGUCCACGCCCCUGGAGGAGAACAUGAUUGACACAGAGCAGAUCGACUUCCUGGCAGCCAGGCGGCAGUUCCUGAGCCUGGAGCAGAGGAGCGCUCCACCCGGGGCGGCCCACGCCCGUGCGGGGGUUCCUCGGAUCCCACCACCUGGGGCCAGCCAGGCCUCCAAGGCCCUGAACGGGCCACCCCUGGUCAAUGGGUAUGUCGUCCCAGUCAAGCCUCAGGAGAAGGAGGUGGUCAUGGACGAGAAGAGGGUCCACGGUUUACCCGCCAGCUCUGGUGCCCGAGCCUCGGAUGACCCUGGUUCCUGGUCCCAAGAGGGGUCCCCGGAACCCGCCAAGGAGACGCCCAUUGAGCGGGAGAUCCGGCUGGCCCAGCAGCGGGAGGCAGACCUCCGGGAGCAGCGGGGGCUGCAACGGGCGGCCAGCCAGCAGGAGCUGCUGGAGAUCCCGGCCAGGCCGCUGCUGAGCAAGGCGAGCCCGGCCACGGCCCCGCGGCCGCACAGGGGGCGCCCGUCGCUCUACGUGCAGCGGGACAUUGCUCAGGGGUCGCAGCGCGAGGAGGACCACCGGCGCGAGGGCCUGCAGGUGGGCCGGGCGUCCACAUCCGACUGGUUCUCCGAAGGCCCCCAGCCCAUCCUCAGGAGAGUCCACAGCGCAGACUCCAUCCUCAGCGCGACCCCAGAUGCCAGCGCAGCCAGCCCCACACCAGAGGUGAGGAAGGUGAACCGCAUCCCACCUGAUGCCUACCAGCCAUUCCUGAGCCCCCGGACGCCCCCGGGAGGAUCCCCAGCCUUCCACACCUACCGCAAGCCCAGCGGUCUCUCUGCCGAUGAGGCCAGGCCUGUGGGCUCUCCAAAGGCCACGGGGUCUCAGAGGCAUCCCUCGGGAUCCUCUGCAAAGCCUGCAAGCACAAAGCAGGAGCCUCCCCGGGGACCCCUGUGUGCCAACAGGGGUGUCGUGCGAUGGGAGUACUUCCGCCUGCGUCCCUUGAGGUUCGGGGUCCCGGAUGAGCCUGAGAAAGCUGAGGCCCCCCGAGUUUGGGGCUGGGAGGUGGCUGGGGCCCCGGCACUGAGGCUACAGAAGUCCCAGUCAUCAGAGCUGCUGGAGAGGGAGGUGGAGAGCGUCCUGCGGCGGGAGCGGGAGGUGGCUGACGAGCGGCGGAGCGCUCUGUACCCUGAGGUCUUCUCCCUGCCUCCAGACGAGUGCGGUGACCAAGAUUCCAGGAGCUCCUCCCGCGCAUCUGGCAUCACGGACAGCUACUCGGUGUCUGAGUCACACGUUUUCACCCCCAUCCAUCUGCACUCCGGCCUGGUGUGGACGGCAGAGGCCUCAGCUGAGGAUGCCCCCAGGCAGAGGAAGAAGAAUGAGCAGUGGUAUGCCGGCCUCAACCCCACUGACCAAGUCAACUCGGAGAAAUCGUUGUGCUUUCUGGGUCAAAAGCUGGGGAUGACUCCUUCUGCCCCUAUGAUGUUGCCAAACGCUCCUGGGUCCGGGGAAGAAGGAGACCAAAUCCCCCACCUCCAGAUGUAAUUGUUCCCGUUACUCUGAGAGGGGAGACGCUCAGCUCCUUCUUCUGGGACAUCCCAAUCUAACAGGGGAGACCUGCCCUGCUCCAGCCCUGGGAAACCUCCAGUCUGAGGGCCAGCCCCGGACAGAGAAAAGGGCUCAACGUGGGGUCUGAAGGGGGUCCUUCUGUCCCCCCAUGAAAUAAAGCAGCUGCGGGGCCGUCCCCCGCCUGGUGUGGUCGGCCGCCCUGGACCUCUCCCUUCCCCUCUGCCUGCUUCACUUCUCUGGGUGAUGUCACUGCCCCCAGGGCUGCUGCUUCCUGCCUCUGCCCCUACCCCACCCGGGCUGUCCCCCACAUCCCUGAGUGUAGUAUACAGAAGGUGCUCAAGCAGUGCUUGUUCAGUGAGCAAGUGACCGUCUCAGUUCUCCCACGUGGCCCCGUCAGUCAUGCUCGGAGCACUUAUUAAGCGCUUGCGGAGUCCCCAGCCCUUCU